UAAUUUUUAAUGCGCGAGUUUCAUUUUAGCAGUGUGGUAUGAAUUGGUAUGAAUAAAAUAAGACGACGGAUCUUGUCAAGAUAGGUCGCUGUGGCCAACGGCCAAGUGCGGCGCGGCUUGAUGAAGUGGCGAGCAAAAAUGGCGACGAUGUUCGGACGCGGAUGAAGACUGAAGUUGAAGAAUGCGACAAAUCAACGAACCAUGAGGCACUUGUCAUUAGGUGACAGCGUGGCAAGGUGAAGAAGCGAUCGAAAAGUUAAAGUUAUCGCUGGCGUUCGUUACCACGAAUGGACUCUCUGAACGCACCAGUAUCGAUUCUCGCGUACGUGCGCGAAUAAAAUUCAGAAUUUUUGUCGCCCAAGUUUUAGUGUUUAUGUUGUGUUGGACUGUGUUAUAUCCACAAUUAUGAUUUUGAUGGAGCGAGAAGACGUUCACUUAAUUAUAAUUAACGAUGAUUGGCCGACGUUGCGCUUUUUUCGCCUUGAGCGUCCUCCUGACAUUAGUCCUCGGCGUAAACGUCUACUUUAUCCGGAUGAUUGUCGAGAGUUCCUCGCAAAGGAAGACCGCCUAUUCCAGAAAUAUACCGGAACCAAAAUCUAAGCAAGACUCUUUCACAUCUUCACGCUCCAAUGAGAAGGAUCUGCAAGAUCGACCACAGUUGAGAUUGAUUGCAAAAGAUAUUAGUGAGAAGAUCAAGGAAGAAAUUCGCACGCUACCCUCCAAGUAUUUUAAACAAAACACCAGUUAUACGCUCGUUCUGGAACGGCUACUGGCCGAGCUGAGAAUAAUGUCGAACGUUCGCGAGGAUAUCUGGAAUAUUCCUAAUAACAAUUGGCCGGAUGCACAUCACCUGAUUCCACCAGCAGCUCCGGAACUAGGGACUAUCCUAGAGGUCUUGCGAAAGUCUAAAGUAGUUCGUGCCGAUAACGCUCCGUUGGGUACUCAGCUGAAACUCAUGCUUAAUCUGGAAAAUGAUGUAAAAGCAUUAUUUAAACCGCAAUGGUAUUCUAGAGAUGCUAUUAUACAUGGACCAGUAUACCACGGCAAAGAUAGACACAAUGCUGAAGUAGUGGCUUUUUAUUUAUCAUCCUUGCUAGCAUUGCGAAGAGUACCUCUCACCGUUAUACGAAAACUUAAUCUGAUGGAGGAAGUUCGCAACUGUGCGACGCCAUCAUUAUAUACAACCAUGCAUCAAGAGGGUAAUAACACGUGCCUAUAUGGUGUUUGCCAUUAUUGUUCUCCGGCUGAUCCCGUUUGCGGAUCGGGGGAUAUACUUGAAGGUGUCCUCAUUUUUUGGCUUCCGCGAUAUUUAAGACUGGUCAAACACCGUCAUCCUUGGCAACGAACGUACAAAAAAAAUAAACUCGCUGCAUGGGAAGUUGACGAAGCUUACUGUGAUAAGGUGAUGGAUUCUAAGACUUAUUCGCCGCAAUCGUCUAGCAGACUUUUGGACUUGAUCGAUACGGCAAUCUUCGACUUUCUCAUGGACAAUGGCGAUCGUCAUCAUUAUGAACUUGCGCAAAAUAAUUUUCAUAAUCCCGCGGUGCUGCUAAUCGACAACGGAAAGAGUCUAGGCAAUCCCGAUAUAGACCAUCUCGAUAUCCUGGCACCUCUCUAUCAAUGCUGCAUAAUUCAUAAAACUACAUGGGACAGAUUGCGAUUAUUCAGUGGUGGAUCCUUAAGCAUUGCAUUGGGUAGACUUACUGCACAUGAAGCUGAAAUAUCGGAUGUCCUUCCUCUGAUCACAGAAGCGCAUUUAAAUGCCAUGGACAGAAGAUUACUUAUCGUAUAUACCGUGGUGGAAAGUUGUCUGAAGAAAAAGAAAUAUGUUUCCAAUGUGAUCCUGGAUCAUCGGUAGCCCGAAGAGUUUAUUUAUUUUUUUUAUUUUUUUAAAACAAUGCAAAGAUUUUUGACAUAAAUGAAAAUGUUUUUUGUGAAAAAUCAAUAGUGAGAAGGG